UUCUACCCCCAGAAUGUGGACGACGCAAUGACCGUGCUGCCCAAACUGGCCACCGGUCUGGAUGUCAAUGUGCGAUUCACAGGGGUCUCCGAUUUUGAGUACACACCUGAGUGCAGUAUCUUCGACCUCCUAGGGAUCCCCCUCUACCACGGCUGGCUUGUCGAUCCUCAGAGUCCUGAGGCUGUGAGUGCAGUCGGGAAACUGAGCUACAAUCAGCUGGUGGAGAAGAUCAUCACCUGCAAGCACUCUAGCGACACCAACCUGGUGACAGAAGGCCUGAUUGCCGAGCAGUUCCUGGAGACCACCGCGGCCCAGCUGACCUACCACGGGCUGUGCGAGCUCACCGCGGCUGCCAAGGAGGGCGAGCUUGGCGUCUUUUUCCGGAACAACCACUUUAGCACCAUGACUAAGCACAAGAGCCACUUGUACUUGCUGGUCACCGACCAGGGCUUUCUGCAGGAGGAGCAGGUGGUGUGGGAGAGCCUGCACAACGUGGACGGGGACAGCUGCUUCUGUGACUCGGACUUUCACCUGAGUCAUUCCCUGGGCAAGGGGCCUGGAGCGGAAGGUGGGAGCGCCUCCCCGGAAAAGCAGCGGCAGGUAGACCAGGACUACCUGAUCGCCUUGUCCCUGCAGCAGCAGCAGCCACAAGGCACGUUGGGUCUCAGCGACUUGGAGCUGGCCCAGCAACUGCAGCAGGAGGAGUACCAACAGCAGCAAGGGGCCCAGCCGGUGCCAGCACGGGCCCCGUCGCCACAGGGGAGAGGAGCCCCAUCUGGACGCCCGGCGGGAGAGCGGCGGCGGCGGCCCAAGCCGGAGUCCGACUGUGUCCUCCUGUAGCGCUCGGUGCCCGGUGCCCGGUGCCCGGCUGCCCUGCCUCUUCUGUCAGAGGCUGUGACUAUUGGGCUUGCUCUCCCAGGUCACCCCCUGAGAUAUGCAGGGUAACUUAUUUAUGGACGGUUGGGGAUCCGAGCGGGAAGGAAAUGUCAAGGU